AAUGCUGCACUGUAAAAUUCACUCGUGUAUCUGAUAGAUAACUCAUGGACGGUAUUCGUAGUCCGAUGUUACAGAAAAGCUCGUCAAGAGCUUUAUCUUACCACGUGUAACUAGUAAAACGGUCUUCAUGAUAUCUGAGGGUGAAUUUACCACGAUUUUAAAUAUAAAGUUCGAAAUGCAGCAAAGGUUUUCACUAUUCCUCUAUUUUUCGAAUGUACGAAGUUCAGGUAUUGUUUUUAGACCGUCUUCCGCGUGGGUUUUUUCUUCUCUCUCUCGACCUUUCUCUUUGACUUUGUCGGUUCUAGCGUCCACUUAGCAGGUAGGGCGCACUAAAUUUCGAAGCACGACGUCUUUCGAUGAGCACAGUUUUAUCCGCGCGUUGUAAGUUCUGUAUUCGUGACAUACAGUGAGGUGAUAAUAAAAAAAUAACAAGAGAUGUCACAUUCGGAUUAUCUUCAAGAGGAAUUAACGAUAGUUCUGUUGGGUGAAUCGGGGGUGGGAAAGACCAAGCUUGUGAUUCGAUAUCUCGUUGACGUGUUGAAAGAAACCAAAACAGAAUGGGACUCGGCAAUGGGUGCUGUACACGUAAAAAGAACAAUGCAAGUUGAUGGGGUGUCAUUCAACAUGGUAAUAUGGGACACAUCGGGCGAUAAGAAGUACGACUCAAUGGCUGCGAUGUAUUAUUUGGGUCGGACAGCUGUCAUAAUCUGUUGCGACAUUUCUAAUUCAUAUUCCUUCGUGAAGGCUAAAGAUUGGGCGCUACAACUUACAAUCCAUUCCUGUAAGAUCUAUCUGUGCGCCACUAAAAACGAUUUAUGCGACGAGAUUGAAACGGCGACUUUAAAUAACAUUCAAGAAUACGCGGAGAAUAUAAAGGCUAAAUUCUUUGUAACAUCUAGUCAUACAGGAGAGAACAUUUCUGAGUUGUUCCAUACAAUUAUAGAAGAUUUCAUAUCAGCACCAUGCAAUCGGAAAGAGAUAAAGAAACAAAAGCGCAGAAGGAAACACGUUAAUUUGAGGUGUUUCUGGAAUUAUCAAAGGCCUAAAACUGAAAUAUAAAAUAAACCAUUAACUUUUCCGGAUUC